UAUAUUUUCAGAGAAUACAAGGCUCAUCACACCACGUGACCACGGCAGGCGAUAGGCCUAUGUGUCGGCCUGGUGUUCUUAUCCUCUUAGUCUCAUAUGCCCAAAUAUGGCGGCGCCCUACAGUCGUAUUCUGGACCUUGCAAAGGUCCAAUGUCGAAUCUUUUCACUUAACUUUAAUCCACAAAGGUUACGGCUGGGAAAUAAGGUCCUUCGACAGCGACUUCGCGGCCCAACACUUGCAGAAUGGUAUCCGAAAAAGGCUGUUUCUUUCCGUGACUUACAAGACAGUUACAAGCCUCUCGGCUUAACCAUGUUUGAUGAAGCGGAGGAUGAUAGAGAGGAGGCUAUCCAAAUUGCGAAGCUUCGAGGAAAGGGUCGGCCAAAGAAAAAGAGAACAGCCGCUGAAUCGAGAUCCGCAAAGAAAAAGAAAUAGAAAAGAAAGGACAGGUGUUACCUCCUCUGAUCUCAUAUUAAACACCAUAAUUUUGAAGUUUUUGUAUUAUAUCUCAUGUCCACAUGGGCGCAAUUUUGUUUCAUCAGAUUUAUUCUGGGAUAUUCAUAGAUGCUCAUUACUUGCCCUUUGUGACUGUGAAUCUUCGCUCAGUCCGAUCUGAAACUCUUAGAGAUAUACAGAAGCUUAAUGGGUUUACUUUAAACCUCCGAAGAUGACCUCUGUAGGCUUGGAUGUGCCCUAUGCAACUGAAUCUCCCUCAAUUUCGAAAAUGUUUCCAGUCUACGCUCUCACGGGUUUCUACCAAAUCGGAGA